GGUGUCAGAUUCACUCCCUGGGAUCCGCAGCAGAGAGGGGAGGAAUACAUAUAUAUUUGCUCUAUUUCCUCCUUCAGGGAUUGUGCUGUCUGCCGGGUCUGAGACCUUCUAUGUACUGACUCACUGGGAUACAGAAGGUGCAGUGGAAAGUUCCGGAAAAUGGCUAAAACUAGCCACACCAUUGGUAUCUUCUCAAGAGAUGGCAGAGACAAUUAUAACUGGCUGAUUAGUCUGUUACACCUUAUAAUGUUCCAGGGUGUAGUGAAAAAUGUCCUCCCCAAGUACAUCAGCAACAAUUUCAUGGAGUUCGAGGAGAACGUGUCCGAGUGCUCCUUCGCCAUCCUGUACCACACCCUGAAGAGAGGGAGGCUGAACAUUACCGACGUGACUGAUUCCUUAUACGAUGAAGAGUUGAAGUAUUUAUGUGACAUACAUGGAAAGGAAAAUGUCAUUGUGGUGGCCGAUGACCUGACAGACAGCAGCGACGCUAACAUGAGAGAGAUAAUAAAGGCUCAGCCGAGCAUUGCACAUCAUGCUUGUAAACUCUUCCUUAUCAGUGAGCAAGAGAAAAAAUCCUGCAUUAUAGAAGGUUCUGAGCCAAAGUGGAGCGAGACUCCCACAUCGGACUCACUUCAAGAGGAGCACAGGUCCAUCACAGCCAAGCGCAACCAGAUGAAGGAGAUCUUGGCUGGGGGCUCCCCUACACAGAAAGGAGGACCAACUGGUGUCGUUCGAAAUGAUAGCAAUUUACCACCUAAUAAUCCAAUACCAGGAUCUAACUCCCCCGUACCUUCUUCACAUAAUUCUUCAAUUUACUUCAGACGAGAUGGCCAAGACUCAAUUACAGGUUCAAGAAGAUACCCUGAUCCCAAACAAUACACAGAUGAGGAAGCCUUUAUAGGCUCAAGCAAAUCAGCAGAAGCACCAAAGAAAAAAAUGGACCCUAAACAGAAAGAUAAGCUAAUUUUUAUAGGCAUAGGGGUGCUCAUUUUCUUACUGAUCAUUGCAUUCAUCGCAGUUCUUGCCACCAACGUCUAAACCAGUUCAGAAGACACAUAGUAUUGGACUCUUGGAUCUUCUAGGAGCUGAGUCACAAGACUUGAAUAGAUUUACUGCUACAAGAACCAACUCAAUAUUUUCUGUUUGACGUAUCAGGAGACUGCACUUGACUCUUGACUUGACUUGAGUGGGUUCCUGCCCGAUGCCCAAAUUAAAUAUAUGCCUUGCUGGGGUUACUCUGUAAUCAAACAUGGGCCCCCAGCCUUUUGUAGGCAACGUUAUUAAAACUUGAGAUCACAGGGGGUAUUUUUUUCCCCACGAUUCAAGAAAAAGAAGCCAUUUUCUCAAAAUUUCUCAAAAAGAUCUCAAAAUAGUUUUUUUUUUGAGAUCACAGGGGUAUUUUUUUCCCACAUAAUUCAAGAAAAUUACGGCAAAAAAAAAAGAACCAAUUUUCUUAAAAUUUCUCAAAAAGAUCUUAAAAUUUUUGAAUUGGUGUUUUCAAAAAUGGAAUUUUUAAGAUUCAUCAAUCAAAAAAAAAUCUCAAAAAUGCAAAUGAAAACCAGGGGAGCUUCCAUACAAGUCAAUGGGGGAUGAAGUUAUCUCCAAGUUUUUAAACAAACUUUUGUAAAAAUUUGUUUUUUGUCGUGAUCGAGGUUUUCUCAACUUAUUUUUCAAACUUUUUUUUUUUGUAAAUGCGUUAGUGAUCAAGGGGAAAAAUGCUUUUUAUUUUUGAUUGAGUUUAUUUUUCUUUUUUUAACUGUAUAAAAAAAAAUGUUAAAUAUGUUAGAUAUUUAAAAGUAAAAAAUGUUUUGGCAAGACAAAAAAAAAGACCUGUGUUGAUGAAUCAGUGCUCUGGUUGGCUGUUGCCAAGGUCAUGUGGUAUUGCAGCCUUUGAGCAGCUGUAUAUGUAUAUUUCAGCACAAUAAUGUCCUCCUUCAUCCCACGGGCGCUGUAAAAGUGAGAACUUUCUGUGACGAUGUUGAAAGAAACAUGAAAUAGGGUGAAAAAAAGAACAAAUGUUCUUGUUGGGCCACUUUGUAAACAAACUUUAACACCGUGGGCUUCUUUAUUCUUUAUUAUUUUGGUUUUGAUGAAGACAUCCAUCAAACAUGCCCAAAGAUAUAGCAGAUGUUCUCAACCUGUCCUUGUUUAGAUGUGCCAGCUUUUAUGCAUAGAUAAACUCCCAGAAGAGCUGCAAUACUGGUGAAGGAGAGCCCGAUUCUACCAUCUGCUCCAACCAUGGUCCUUGGAUCCCCAGGGCUCCUCCAGGGCUAUCUCCCUUGUUACAGGUUUUCCCUCAAUCUGGCUACAGUCACCUAAGAUGGCCUACGAUGUUGAAAGAAACAUGAAAUAGGGUAAAAAAUAGAAAAAAUGUUCUUGUUGGGCCACUUUGUAAACAAACUUUAACACCGUGGACUUCUUUAUUCUUUAUUAUUUUGGUAUCGAUGAAGGCAUCCAUCAAACAUGCCCAAAGAUAUAGCAGAUGUUCUCAACCUGUCCUUGUUUAGAUGUGCCAGCUUUUAUACAUAGAUAAACUCCCACAAGAGCUGCAAUACUGGUGAAGGAGAACCCAAUUUUACCAUCUGCCCCAACCGUGGUCCUUGGAUCUCCAGGGCUCCUCCAGGACUACCUCCCUUGUUGCAGGUUUUCCCUCACUCUGGCUCCAGGCACCUAAGAUGGCGUACCGGUCAUGACUGACUUAAGCUGGCCAUACACAUACCGAUAUUAUCGUACGAUACUCGGUGAGUGUAUUGAUGAGGCGACCAAUAUUGCAAGAGCCUUGAAUAUUGGUCAUCUCAUCGAUCGGGUGGGACAGAAAAUUUUAAUUAAGUGCCAUUGAAGAGGCCCAAGCAAAGACAAGUGUUUAGGGCUUAAUCAUCAGAUAAGGGUAGAAUUCCUAUUGUUUUUACCUCCAUAUCUGACAAUUCAGCUCUGAACAUUAGUGGAGGGUACCAGCAAUAUUUGUUGUGACCAAUGGUCACAGGAAAGAUCAUAAUUGUAACGUGGAUGGCCACCGUUACUCUCCCUUCCUGCUCCUUCACAAAAACAGCAAGCUCCUCCCCCAGGCCUCAGGAAGUACCAAAACUUAACUAAACUUUUAAGUAGUUACACAUUUAACAACAGCAUUGUAUGCAUUACGGAUACAUUCUCACUCCAUAUUGUACCCUAACAACGUGCCUUGGAAAGUCGGGGACAAUUUACAGUAUUCCUUUAUGUAUCCAUCUCUGAUGUCUCUGGACUACAGCUCCUUGCCCCUAAUGGAGCACUGCUGUCACAGAAGGUUUAUGUCAACCCUUAAUGUAGCAUAAGAAUAAACCAAUAAUAUGUAUAGCAUGACAAUGCCGUGUAAAUGUAACAUAUAUAUAUCAUUUAAAUAAACAUGCCUUUGCUAUAAUCUGGUGUUUACUAAUGUUUACAAUACAUAUUAAAUAAACAUGCCUUUGCUAUAAUCUGGUGUUUACUAAUGUUUACAAUACAUAUUAAAUAAACAUGCCUUUGCUAUAAUCUGGUGUUUACUAAUGUUUACAAUACAUAUUAAAUAAACAUGCCUUUGCUAUAA